GCCGCCCGCCUGGGCCGCAGCACCGCACUGGUGGUCCGCGCCUGAGUGUCCCGCCACGUCUGAGCUGUCGCCGCUAGCCUGGCCAUGGCCGAGGAGCUGAUCUUGGAGAGGUGUGACUUCGAGAUACAGGCCAAUGGCCGUGACCACCACACGGCCGACCUGUGCCACCAGAAACUGGUGCUACGGCGCGGUCAGCGCUUCCGGAUAACACUGUACUUCGAGGGCCGUGGCUACGAGGCCAGCGUGGACAGCCUUACAUUUGGUGCCGUGACUGGCCCAGCUCCCAGUGAGGAGGCAGGGACCAAGGCCCGCUUCCAACUGUCUGAUGACGUGGAGGAGGGAUCCUGGGCAGCCUCAGUGCUGGACCAACAGGACAACGUCCUCUCGCUGCAGUUCUGCACCCCUGCCAAUGCUCCUGUUGGCCAGUACCGCCUCAGCCUGGAGGCGUCUACCGGCUACCAAGGCUCCAGCUUCGUGCUGGGUCACUUCAUCCUGCUCUUCAAUGCCUGGUGCCCAGCGGAUGACGUGUACCUAGACUCAGAGGAGGAGCGAAGGGAAUACGUCCUUACCCAGCAGGGCUUCAUCUACCAGGGAUCCGCCAAGUUCAUCAAGAGUGUGCCUUGGAACUUCGGGCAGUUUGAAGAUGGGAUCCUGGACACCUGCUUGAUGCUCUUGGAUGUGAACCCCAAGUUCCUGAAGGACCGAAGCCGGGACUGCUCACGCCGCAGCAGUCCCAUCUAUGUGGGCCGGGUGGUGAGCGGCAUGGUCAACUGCAAUGAUGACCAGGGUGUGCUUCUGGGCCGCUGGGACAACAAUUAUGGAGAUGGUGUCAGUCCCAUGGCCUGGAUCGGCAGCGUGGACAUCCUGAGGCGCUGGAAGGAGCAUGGCUGCCAGCAAGUCAAGUACGGGCAGUGCUGGGUGUUCGCGGCCGUGGCCUGCACAGUGUUGCGGUGCCUUGGCAUCCCUACCAGAGUGGUGACCAACUACUACUCGGCCCACGACCAGAACAGCAACCUGCUCAUCGAGUACUUCCGCAAUGAGUUCGGGGAGCUGGAGAGCAGCAAGAGCGAGAUGAUCUGGAAUUUCCACUGCUGGGUGGAGUCCUGGAUGACCAGGCCGGACCUACAGCCGGGCUAUGAGGGGUGGCAGGCCAUUGACCCCACACCACAGGAGAAGAGCGAAGGGACAUACUGCUGCGGCCCAGUCUCCGUGCGGGCCAUCAAGGAGGGUGACCUGAGCACCAAGUACGACGCUCCCUUCGUGUUUGCCGAGGUCAAUGCUGACGUGGUGGAUUGGAUCCGGCAGGAAGACGGGUCUUUGCACAAGUCCAUCAACAGUUCCCUGGUCGUGGGGCAGAAGAUCAGCACUAAGAGUGUGGGCCGUGAUGACCGGGAAGACAUCACCCACACUUACAAGUACCCCGAGGGGUCGCCCGAGGAGAGGGAAGCCUUCACCAGGGCCAACCACCUGAACAAACUGGCGGAGAAGGAGGAGACGGGGGUGGCCAUGCGGAUCCGCGUCGGGGAGAGCAUGAGCAUGGGCAAUGACUUUGACGUGUUUGCCCACAUCGGGAAUGACACCUCCGAGAGCCGCGAGUGCCGCCUCCUGCUGUGCGCCCGGACUGUCAGCUAUAACGGGGUGAUGGGGCCCGAGUGCGGCACGGAGGACCUCAAUCUGACCCUGGACCCCUUCUCUGAGAACAGCAUCCCUCUUCGCAUCCUCUACGAGAAGUACAGUGAGAGCCUGACGGAGUCAAACCUCAUCAAGGUGCGGGGUCUCCUCAUUGAGCCAGCUGCCAACAGCUACGUGUUGGCCGAGAGAGACCUCUACCUGGAGAACCCUGAAAUCAAAAUCCGGGUCCUGGGGGAGCCCAAGCAGAACCGCAAACUGGUGGCUGAGGUGUCCCUGAGGAACCCACUCUCUGAGCCCCUGUUCGACUGCGUCUUCACCGUGGAGGGGGCUGGCCUGACCAAGGAGCAGAAGUCUGUGGAGAUCUCAGACCCUGUGCCAGCAGGAGAUCUGGCCAAGGUGCGGGUCGACCUGUUCCCGACUGACUUCGGCCUCCACAAGCUGGUGGUGAACUUCCAGUGUGACAAGCUGAAGUCCGUGAAGGGUUACCGGAACGUCAUCAUCGGGCCUGCCUAAGGGACCCCUUCGCCCAGCCCCACCUCACCUGCUGCCAACCCUCAACUCAACCUGGUCUUUAUCCUGAGAUAAUGAGCAACUUCACCCCUCUGGGCUGACAUGGCUGCCUGGAGGCUCUUUGGAAGGAAUGUACUUCUGGCCCAUCGUGUUCCUCUGGAUCUACUUCCCCGUCUGUCCCCUUAGCUGUGAGGAAUGUUCUGUGCCAACACAGUGGGAACCCUGGCCUUGGAAGACCAGAGCUAGGGGAAGAGGAGAGCCAUUGCCAGCAUUGUUUGAACAGUCCCUAGAGCUUUGGAAAAAGCACAAGGGAUGGCGAGCCCACUGGCUCAAUGAAGGAACCAGCUGCCCCGGCCAUCCGUCUCCCAGCCACCUCCUCCCUGAAAGGGAGCUACUGUGUCAUAAGCACCUUAAGUCCUUGCAGGGCUGUCAGCCUGUUCGGUGUCCAAGAGAAGCUUCAGGGUGGAAACUGAGGCUUCCCAUGCUGUGCGGUGCCAGUGGGCAGGCCAUCACUCGCAGGGCCUGUGGGUGAGCCCAGAAACAGGGCUUGUGCCAUCUGGCUUGGAAUCUAGCAAUCCAUCUGAGACAGCAGCCCUGACCGGAGAGUGUCAGAGAGGCCACGUGGGGGCCAGUCCGGAAGGACACAGUUUGGGUGAGGAGGUGAAGAAAGGGCAGGGAGGCUGGGGAGCUGGGGGCCUAGGUUUAAGCUCCAAAGGGGGCCACACUCUGUUCUCCUCUUCUGAGCUUGAUCCUCCUUUACCUGAGCAGUGAUUUGCAAGCCCACCUCCAGGGUCUCUUGAUCCUGUGCUUCAAAAGCCUACCACCCAGGCCCAGGGUACCUCUGGGGAGGAGACAGCAGCACUAGGCCUGUGCCCAGGCUGUCCUGCAUCUCACCUAUGCCCAGGUUCCUCAGAUGCAGUUCCAGCACUGCCCACAAGCUGCCUGCACAGCGCCUAGACUUGAUUUCACAGAAGGAGCCUUAACUGUCCAUGCUGGUCACUACCCACCAGGGCCACGCCUCCACAGGCCCUUCUUCCCCAGCCUGCAUCCCCAGGCACAACACUUGUCUCCAGAAAAGCGUGGGGGACUAGGGUCAUCAUCCUGAGUUGGCCAACUACUACCUCUCCGUGGCUGGGCCUGCAAGCUGGAAGACUGCGGCGGUGGAAGGGGGAGGAGUGUCUCCGGGUGAUGAGGUCAGAGGCUCUGGGAUCCCCUAAAAUCCCAGAGGAGAGCCUGGGGAGAAUCACGCCGAUGCCUUUAACACGUCCCGCUUGACACAGAGGAUUUCGCCACGAGCCGUGUACCUGCCCCGUUCCUGCACAGCUUCUGCUGGUUUGUCCGAGCUUCAGGUUCCCAGCAGGCAGUAGGCAUGCUUUCGAAGCCUAUGUGAGCACUAAAAUAAAGGUCUAUUUUUCACAUUCAAA